AUGGCGACAAGCAACAGAACGAACGGUGACAUCUUGAUGCUAGAAGCACCACCAGAGGCAUCUCGGCCCUGGUCCGCUUCUUCCAAUGCUGAAAUAAUCGAUGCACUGCCUUACAUCGACGACGAUUACGGAAACCCUUCUGUCAAAGCUGAAGUCGACCGUCUUGUCGAGGAAGAGAUGCGUAGAAGCUCCAAAAAACCCUCCGAUUUCUUAAAAGAAUUGCCUCCCGUCCCUAAGUUUACUUUCGAGAAUUAUCCGAUGCUUGCUAAAGAGUAUGAGAGAGUGAGAGCGGGGAGGCCGCCGGUUACGCUUGAUUUUUCUAGGUAUUCUCAUUUGGAUUUGCCGGCUGCGAAUAAAAUGAAUGAUGAGACUGCUUGGAAACAGGCUCUUCAACGUGCCCAACGCUUGCUGCAGCAUCAAGUGAUCAGGCUUGAAAAUUUGGAACUCAUGUCAAAAUAUGGUCCUGAUGUUUGGGUACAGCACAACCGACAAUUGGAAGCAAUGCUAACCAGAACACAAAAAUUAGCACGGGAACAGAAUGAAAAGAUUGAAGCUGUGAACCGUGAAAGGAAAUAUCAUCAGCAAAAUACUGCAUAUGAGCUGAAUGCUUUAUCCGCACAAUGGAAGGAGCUUUGCCUGAAAAAUAUAGAAAUCCAAGAGGCAUGUACCAAAAUUGAAAAGCAGAUAGAGGAACUUAAAAGAGAAGCUUCAGAGAGAGGAUGGAAUGUGGAAGCUAACAUGGAGAAUGGUUCCCUGUUGCAUUCAUAA